AUGGCCUCCUCGCCUGCAGGUCGUCGGCUCUGGAGCACGUGCGCUGGGUGUCAUACACAUCAGUGGAACGACGUACUGCUUCAAGAGGGCGGCGCAUGCAGGAAGUGCGGGAGGCCUGUGAAACUGUUCAAGCCCAAGGGCCAGGACGUCAGCCAGCAGCAGCAGCAGGCGGUCGCCCUUGUCCAACCUGGGCCUAAGCACAAGGGCAAGAGCAAGCAGCAGGGAGGUGCAGGAGGCACUCCAGAGGGCGCCCUCGACCUGCUGAGCCAGACCAUUGCGGCCACCACAGACCCGACGGUCAAGCGCGUCCUGGAGAGCCAGCAGGCGAUUCUCGCCGCGCAGAAGCCCGUGGAGUCGGUCGUGUCUGCCGACGAGGCCGUGAGGAAGGCCUCAGGCGCGUGGAAGGACGCCGAGGCCAAGCACGCCCAGUCCGUGGACCAGGUGCUGCGGUGCAGGGCUGCCUUAGUCAAGGCUGAGACGCGCGAGGCGGAGUGCGCUCGCACUCUGGCUCAGGCGGAGUUCAACAAGCAGAUCGCCAUCAAGGCCCUCGCCAACGCCUCAGGCUUGCAGGUGCAGGCGACGGGCGACGGCAAGGCCCCUGACAAGGCCGCCGAGGGCGAUUGCUUUCGCGUGGAGGUUGAUGAGACCUUCUUCGCGUCCAUCCAGGACUUAGAGUGCGAGGAAGGGGAGCGUAAGGAGCUCGCGGAGCUGGAGAAGCAGUUGCGCGACAUGCAGACGGCCAUGGCCACGAGGUCGUCCGAGGUGAAGGCUUGGGUCGAGCGGACCAAGGCCAUGAAGGCGGCCAUUCAGGAGCGGUUGCAGAAGAAGCGGAAGGUAGAGGCUGGAGGAGUCGCUGGAGGCGCUGAGGGCGGUGGCACCGCUGGCGCUGGCACGGCGACGGGCCCCGAGGCCGCGGCCCCUGAGGGCACGUCAGCGCCCCCGCCAGCCGGGCCCGGCGCGGGCUCGGGCAGCAGCGGCAGUCUCUCGGAAGAGGCCUUGGCAGCGAGGGCCAAGCAGAUCAGUGAGGCCAGGCUCGCAGGUGCUGACGCAGCGAGGCAGCGCGUCAGCCGAUGGCACUGCGAGCUCGGCUGCUACAUCGGCAUCCUCAGCAUCUACAGCAUUUUCGGCAACUUCAGCGACAGCAGCAUCAUCGGCGACUGGUCAGUCCACGAGCGCGAGUACAUGUACAUCGCAGGGGUGUGGCACAGUGUCGGAUGUUGUUAUUUUUUCAGAUGA